UGCUCGAAUGGGGCCGCGGCCCCUUUAAAUUCCGGGAGAGCGCGGGCGUGCGCGUUGGCAGGGACGGCGGGGAUUGGCCCUCGGUGCGACCCGUCCGCGCGGGGCGGGAAAAGGAAAGGCUCUGUGACACCAUGUGCACGUUGGGGCUCUUCCCACCGCCGCCGCCCCCCGGGGAAAUCACCCUCUACGAGUUCCACAACACCCUGGUCUGCAGCCGCCAAGAGCAGCUCCCGCUUGCCUUCCAGAGCCAGCUGGCAGACCUGCCCGUCCUCAGCCUGCCCAAGGAAUCGCUCAAGGCUCACAGCCGGCUGGAGCACGGCACGCGCCCGGCUUUCAUCCACCACCACGAGGCCCUCUGGAAGCGAUGCCUCAACACCUGGCGGGACGUGGGGCUCUGCGGGGUGCUGAAAGAGCUCGCCAACGCUGAGGAGGAGGGGCUGCAGUGGGUGAAGACCGGCUCAAGCUACACGCUGGCCGUGUGCCACUGGCUCUCCUCGCUGCACGGCUCCUUGUUCCCCCACCUCUCGCUCUCCAGUGAAGACAUGAUCGCAGCGUUCUCCCAGGCGGUCGACUGGGCCGGCUGCACCAUCCGGGCCUUCACCUGGCACCCUCACACCAGCAAGUUUGCUGUGGCUCUUCUGGAUGAUUCCAUUCGGGUCUACAACUCCAGCAGUGCCACCAUCCCCUCGCUGAAGCAUCGCCUGCAGAGGAACGUGGCUGCCAUGGCCUGGAAGCCUCUCUGCGCCUCCAUCCUCGCUGUCGCCUGCCAGAGCUGCGUCCUUGUCUGGCACCUGGAUCCCACCUCCCUCUCCACGAGGCCGUCAUCCGGUUGCGCUCAGGUGCUGUCCUACCCCGGACAUAGCCCCGUCACCAGCCUGGCGUGGGCUCCCAGUGGGGAGCUGCUGCUCUCGGCAUCCCCAGUUGACACGGCCAUGCUGGUCUGGAAUGUGUCCACGGAAAAUUGUGUCCAGCUGCAGUGGUUUGGGGGUGGUGGCGUCACCUACUUGGCUUGGUCGCCCGAUGGCAGCAAGGUCCUGGCGGCCACUCCCUCUGCAGUGUUCAGAGUGUGGGAGGCUCAGAUGUGGACGUGCGAGCGCUGGCCCACCCUCAAAGGACGCUGCCAGACGGGGUGCUGGAGCCCUGACGGCAGCCGAUUGCUCUUCACCGUGCUGGGCGAGUCCGUUAUCUACUCCUUAUCCUUCUCGGAGUACAGGGGGGAGAUGCAAGGGCAAGUGGGAGGCUCGAAAACAGCUUCGAUCGUGGCAGACCUGUCUGAGACAGUCUUUGAGACGCUCUACGGGGAGGAGAGGAUCGGAGGAGAAGUCCACUCCAUGGUGUGGGAUCCUACCGGUGAGAGGCUCGCCGUGAUCAUCAGGGGGCAUCCUGACGCUCCCAGGAGCCAGACGGUCAUUGCGGUGUUCCGCACCCGCAACAGCCCUGUGUUUGAGCUCCUGCCAUGUGGAUUCCUGCGAGGUGAGCGUGGGGCACAGCCUCAACUCAUCGCCUUCCACCCCUGCUUCAAGCAAGGUGCCCUCCUGACCGUGUGCUGGUCCACAGGGAAGAUCACCCACAUCCCUUUCUUCUUCGUGAGCGCCCACGUGCCCUGCGUCAGCCCCAGCCGCAGCCCCAUCUCCGUCAUGGCCAGCGUGCGGGAGCAGCCGCUCUUCUCGGAGCUGUGACAACACCUGUGACCUCAACAGCACCUUCCCAAGGAGCCAGUGACCUCCAUCCUCCUCCUGGGACACAGGGCAUGGCCUCAGGUGCCUUAAAUACCUCCUCGGGGUCACAGAACUCACAGGGCCUGUGCCGUAGGGAUUAAAGCCACCUCUUUUUCCA